AUGGCCACAAAGACAGUCAUAGACAACAGUGUUCCCAAUAAAUGUAAAGUUAUCUUCAAAGUCGACAACUAUACCAAUGUUUUGCAAAAUAAUAUCUCAAAUGUUUUCCCAACAUUUAAAAGUGAUAUCUUCACCAUUUCAUCAAACAAAUUGCAAAUCAGUAUUGAAUAUACAUCUAAAGACAUUACUAUUUACUUUCAUUUGGUUGAGACAUCCAAGUCAUCGGUUUCUUUCCAAUAUGACAUGUAUAUCAUGGACUCUAAUAACAAAAUAUAUGGCAAACAAAACAAAAAUGCGACAAUUUAUCGAAAUAUAGGUUCUGGGCUUACGUUUACCGACAAACAACAAUUGAUGGAUAAUAAAGAGCUAUUAUUACCCAAUAAUGCACUUACUGUUGGCGUCGACAUAACUGUCCUGAAGAAUGGUAUUUGUAAUAAAUGUUUUAAAUUUGAUCAUUUGAUUGGUGUCCGCAAACUCAGCGAUUGUCAACUGAUUGUCGGCAAAGACAAGAAAGAGUUUUACGCCUCAAAACUGGUUCUCAGCGCCCGAUCGGAAGUCUUUCAAAAUAUGUUUACCAAUGAUUGUCUGGAAAAGUCAUCCAAUAAAGUGAUUAUUGAUGACAUCGAUAGCGAUGUCUUUGAAAUAUUUUUGCGAUAUCUAUACACCGGAGAGUGCGACCAAUUGGAUGAAUGGUAUGACAAGUUGUUGAUCGUCGCUGACAAGUAUUUGGUCGAAUCAUUGAAGACUCUAUGUCUUAAUGAGUAUUACGAGAAAAUCAAUGUCGAGAAUGCAAUGAAAAUAUUAAAAUUAUUUCAAGACUUUAGCGCCAAUAAAGAUCUUAUGUUAAGGACAUAUGGAUUUGUUGUCUAUAAUGUCGGUUCACUAUUUAGUAAACUAAUUGGAAAACAUUACGAAAUAAAUGCUAAAUCUGUUGCAGAAAUUGGCAAAAGAUUUUAG